AUUCCGAUCAAUAAUGGACAUAGAGAUAUUCAUAUCUGGGAUUAUGUUAAUUCUUGGUAUUUGUAUUCUUGUUAUAAUACACGCCUGGGUAUCUAACCGGAAUUCAAAUUCCACCGGAGAAGAUGAAGAAGAUGAAGAAGCUAAUCUUAAUAAUCACAAUAGCAUCAAUUCAAGUCGACGACCAAGCAUGGCUAUAGACGACAUCGACAAGCUUCCCACAUUUGAAUACAAGAUGGAAUUAGACAAAACCAAUGGAUUGAUCAUGGAUUGUGCUGUUUGUUUGGAGAAUUUCAAGUUACUUGAUUUGUGUAGAUUGUUACCUGAUUGUAAACACAGCUUUCAUGUCCUUUGCAUUGACUUAUGGCUUGCAAAGACUGCUGCUUGUCCCAUUUGUAGAACUGAUGUCCGGUUGGGAAAGACCGGGGGUGAAGGGAGCGGCGCCGGCGCCGGAGGCGAUCUAACUGAAGUUGGAGAUGGGUUGGUCUGA